AUGUUUCCCCUCCAUUUUCAUUACGAAGAUGUUUCACGUCAAGAUCCGUUGCUCAAACCGAAUCACGCCAACGUUAUGGACGUUCCUGGAUUGUGUGAAAUAAGAGUAGUACCAAAGGCAGCACCCUCUGAUUUCAUAAUCAAAAAUGGAAAAUUGGCUAUGGAGAUUCCGUGCGGUCAGAAAUUGAUACGGACACACAGGGGUUCGGUAGGAAAGUCGUUUCGAUCCAAUCCAUUCUUGGGGUCAAAUAAAGACAAAGGAUAUGUCAAUGACCUAGCACGACAAAGCACUCUCCGAGGACCUGGAAUGUUUCAUUUUUUGGUCAGAAUCUCGACAGUAAUGUCUCUCUUAGAUUCUCUGGUGGAAAUACGGGAAAACUCCAUUCAAUUCUCGAUGGAAACGGAGUUUUGCGAAUUCUCCCCGGAACUAGAAGAUCAUUUUGAGAUCUUCGAACAUAUUCGAGGGUUCAAUGUAACUAUUGUCACUUCAGCCAACACACAAGAUGAGACUUUACUACCGUGGAGCGGCUUUUUGCAAAAAGAUGAGGGAGAAACUCAGUAAGAUGUCGGAAAAUCGAAAUGAGGAAAGACAAUAAAGUGCUUUGUUUCGUUGGAAAAAUCAACGCAAAUACAAAUCUCAAAUUGACUUUCUAAAACCUACUUCUAUAGAUAGAAAAGGUUGGAAAGAGUUACUUUUAGAAUUCCCUCCCUUUAUACUUUUCUA